GAUUGCGACACCUCCGCAUUACACCGUGAGUCUCGGCGAGCUUGCACACUAAUAUCGAUAAUAUGGACAGGGUGCGUUCAGAUCAAGUGAUAGAAUUCUAUACCAAAUCUCGAGAGGACAUAAAUUCUCUUCUUCUAUAAUUAGUGUAGUCAUCUUUCCUUCUUUCUGGAUAUACUCGACUUUCUCUUCAACUUCGCCAUGAAGAAAUCUCACCUUCUCUUGUUGUCUUUUUGUUUGUUUCUUCGGAUGUGCCACGGCGCGGAAAAGAUCAAACUUGACGGAGAUAUUGUCAUUGGGGGGUUGUUUCCCAUGCACGAAAAGGGAACCGCAGGGACCAUGUGUGGCCCCAUAAAAAAGGAAAAAGGGAUUCAGCGUUUGGAAGCAAUGUUAUACGCCGUUGAAAAAAUAAACGCAGAUCGUAAACACCUGUUGCCGAAUAUUACGCUGGGGUUGCACGUUUUGGACACGUGUUCGCGUGAUACUUAUGCUUUGGAACAAUCUAUGGAUUUCAUAAAGGGCCACAUGAGCACCAUAGACUUAGCGGAUUACCAAUGUGAUAACGGGGAGGCCCCUACUUAUUUACCGUCGAAGCCUGUGGUGGGGGUCAUCGGGGCGUCCAACAGUGUCGUAUCUAUCAUGGUUGCAAACGUGCUAAGGCUUUUCAAGAUUCCACAGAUCAGUUAUGCAUCAACAAGCGCCGAGCUAAGCGACAAGACCCGUUACGAGUAUUUCUCCCGUGUGGUGCCGCCGGACACCUACCAGGCCCAAGCCAUGGUGGACGUGGUCAAGGCCAUGAAGUGGUCAUACGUGUCCACGCUGGCCGACGAGGGAAACUACGGCGAGAGGGGCAUAGGCAAGUUUGAAGAACGUGCGAAAGCAGAAGGCCUUUGCAUUGCCGAAUCCGUCACAAUCCCCCGCGAGGCCACCAACAAGACCUUCGAUGAUGUUCUAGCCACAUUACUGGAGAAAGAACGGGCCAAGGUGGUGGUAAUGUUCGUCGGGGAAGAGAAUUGCAAAUGGAUGCUGCGGGCGGUACAGCGGAACAAUAAGACGGACCAGUUAUACUUCGUGGCCAGUGAUGCCUGGGGAGCCAAGUCGUACCCCAUCGUCAAGCAGGAAGUGGCUGCUGAGAGUACCAUAACACUGUUACCAAAAAGGGAGGUUCUGGCAGGGUUUGACGAGUAUUUCAAGGGUCUCAGUCCAUCCCAUGCAAAGGUCAACCCAUGGUUUGAGGAGUUUUGGGAAAACCACUUCAAGUGCAACCUUCCGGACAAAAAACCCAAAAGUCUUUUCAAGCACGAUUGUAAAGAGGAAUUAACCCUAGACAACGGUAAACAUCAUCAGGAAGGGGCUGUGCAGUUCGUGGUUGACGCCGUUUACGCCAUGGCCCACGCCAUACACAACUACUUCGAGAAUGUCUGCUACGAGGAUAAGAGCUGCUUGAUUGCCAGCCCGCCAAUGGGGCCAACGCUGCUGGAAUAUAUACGAAACGUUACCUUUAAAGGCCAUUCCGGAAAUGUUGUUAAGUUUAACAGUGACGGCGAUGUCAUAGGCCUGUACGAUAUAUACCAGUAUCAGAUGAUAGGCUAUGAUAGAAAUGGACAGAAGAACUAUGGUUACGUCCCUGUAGGCACUUGGUCAAACGCCUAUGGCGACAGCCUGACUCUACACGCGGAGCGUCUAAAAUGGCGGACGGAAAAAUAUAUGGGGCGCCCAAUAUCGCGCUGCAGCGACCCCUGUCCAGCGGGUUUCAGGAAAAGCGCCAAAAAUGUCUGCUGUUGGAUCUGUGUAAAAUGUCAACCAUUCGAAGUGGUGUUUGACGAGCAUAUUUGCAAGUCGUGCGAGAACGGCUCACGACCGAACUGGAAUCGGACAGAAUGCGUAACGUUACCCAUCAUGUACAUGUCCUGGGACUCCGCCUGGGCAGUCGUUCCCGUAGCCGUGUCAUGUUUUGGAAUAUUGUGCAUUUUACUCGUGAUCAUCGUAUUCGCAAAGUACAACCGGACUCCGAUCAUAAUGGCGUCCGGACGAGAACUUUGCUACGUCCUUCUUCUCGGAUUAUUCAUGUGUUUCUGUAUGACUUUUAUCAUGAUCGCAAAACCUACGACCUUCACUUGUACUUUGCUCAGAAUCGGGACGGGGCUUUCUCUAUCGAUCAGUUAUGCUGCCCUGUUCACAAAGACAAACCGGCUAAGUCGGAUUUUCAACCGUGGCAUCAAAGCUAUGGUGAAAAGGCCGAGUUACACAAGUCCGAAAUCACAACUGAUCAUUUGCGCAUGCCUGAUAUCAGUUCAAAUGAUAGGCGACAUCACGUGGUUGGGGAUGGACCUACCAGGGACAGUCCUGGUUUACCCUGACAGGGAGUCAGUGGUUUUAAAGUGCAAAGUGGACAACGUGGCGAUAGUGAUAUCACUGUUCUACAACAUGAUCCUGAUCAUUCUGUGCACAGCUUUUGCCUUUAAAACGAGGAAUAUACCGGAAAAUUUCAAUGAGGCGAAGUACAUUGCAUUUACUAUGUACUCGACAUGCAUUGUGUGGCUUGCCUUUGUGCCAAUCUAUUUUGGAACGAACAAUACUUUCCAGAUUCAGACUACGGCGCUAUGCAUGUGCAUCAGCAUCAGUGCCACUGUGGCGCUCUGGUGCAUGUUUGCUCCCAAAAUAUACAUAGUAGUCUUCCAGCCCCAUAAAAAUGUUAGACAGGCCAACUCAACAUCAAUAAAGACGUCCAUUGCCAAAAACGGGUCACGGCGGCCAUUUUUCUCCAAAUCUAGGUCAUGUGACUACGACACGAGUUCUGUGAUGAAUGGAGAUGUGCAAUCACCGAGUGGUACGGUCCUCGUAAUGUCCACAUCCCAACCACAAGGUGCAGAUACAGCGACGAGUGAUGUCGAUUCGGGGUCAAACACAAGGAACCCCGAGGAGAGUGCCUUCCUGAAAAAUACUGAUAAAUUCACGGACACGAGUUCGGGCGCUGAGUUUUCAGAUCCAGAUGCUGAAAUUAGGGAAUCGACGUUAUGAAGCCAGGGGAAAAACACAAUGGAUUAAGUGAUGACACGCGCCAGAAGAUUGAGACUAUGAUGCUAAACAAAUUGACUGAAUAAAUAAUUUGUUUGCUAUUAUCGUGUAUAUAGCUCGCUUAUUUAUACUAAUGUUAUACUUUUUAGCGGGGAUGCUGGGAAAGUUUUGGAAGUUUUUCUAUUUGGAAUAUGUCGACAAUACCGUUACCAAACUUUCGGGAUGAACGCACAUUACUAAAAGUGUACGGCGUCAAAAGUCAAACACUGAUGUGGCCGUAGAUCACUCCGCGCAUUACAAAAGGCAAUAAUUCGAUUAAAACAGAAAAACUAUAUGUAUUGUUAAAAAUAUCGUGCUAGUUUUCCGUAUACAUGUACAUGGACUUGUUGAAACGUUUUAUUAUUGGCCUACUCUGAAGCAAAAAGGACAACUCUGGACCAGACGACGAGUUGGAAAUCUUCAUUGUUUCGAAGUACAUGUGAACGCACAUUUUACAAUGUAUCUCCAAGAAUAAGUGUACAUGUAUACCGAAAAGAAGAUCGUAUCGUAAAGUUGCCCUGGUUUCUAAAGUCAUCAUCUAACUAAGAGUAGAUGGCUUUAUCAAGUGUGUAUGGAUUCCCGUACCACUGAAUGGCGAUUUUGGGUUAUAGUUGAUAUGAAUGCAUGAAGGUCUGGCGUAUGACCGUUACGCUAAGAUGAAGAAUGAAAUUGACUGCUUUUCCAUUUGUCUCGUCUGGGUUUUUGCCUACUCUCAUUGGAAAUAAUGGACUUGGCUACUUUUUUGCACUGGCAUCCUUCAUUGAUCGUGUGCUUUCAGGCGAUCUUCGAGCGAUAUUGAAAUCAAAAAAAUUUUUGAUUUCGUUUUUUAUGAGGGUGAUACUUUGAAAGAAUGUCGUCGUCCAGGGUCCGAUUGUUAGAAAACAUGCUUUCUAACAACAGUUAGUGUAUCACUUCUGGACUUUGUGAUGUACACUUUAGCUCAGAAAAAAUUCAAAGCUUUUGCAUAUAAUCUGAUGAGCUUUGUCAGUGUCACCCAUGCGCGUUUUCAAUAUGUCCAUGUGGGGUGGUUGGUGGAACUCCGUUUUCGUGGUCUUAUUAUGGGAUUGCGUCUUGAAAUCGCGCAUGCGUGCCUCCCGUGAGCAAAACUGACUUGACCCAUUGGAUGAUAUGUUCAGCCAGGACAUUAGUGUGAGUUAAAGCGUCCGCUACGAAGUUCAAAACAGGACGACUCCGUGUACAGAUGAACAUUUAUAGGCCUAAUCAUUCUGUCUAGUCAUUCUAGUCAGUUUAUAUAUUUCUUCACCCUGACGAGGUUGUAAAUAAACCCAGGUUUAAUUUUUAUGAAUAAAAUGUGUGUAAAGGAUUUGAUAUAUGCUUACCAGUACCUAAAUGAAACUAAAAGGAUGUGUCAUGUUGUGUACAUUGGAAUAUUUAUGUAUGUUAUGGAACUGUGUGAUUAUCACCGUGAUCAAAACCGUACGCCGAGGCAGAUGUAUGAACAAUAUCAUGUAAUGAGCGUAUGCUAGCUUCACGAAUUUGUCUUUCACAAUUUAUGUUUUCGCGAAAUACGGCUAUUUAUAUUGAACAUACUAUUUUGAAUAUUAUUGUAAAUUGUGUCGAAAGCUUAAUAUUCGUCAACAUGCCAGUAAGUUCAGCUUUAGUACCGUUGAUGUUAUAGUUACUGCCAGUAUUUUUCAAGACAAAUCACUUGAAAAUGCACAGUCAUAAUAUCUCUAUUUUUUGUAUAUAUGAGCGAAUACUCCUAGAAGAGGAUGGCAUCAGUAAAUGGACUUUUCAUGUUGUUUCUGAUCAUAAUCCUGUUGGUUUGGAUCACAAUCCUGCACUUGUUAAGGAUAAUAUGCGCAUAAGUAUAAAACAGUUGCCUUCCUUUACGGCGGCAGGGAUCCAUAUUUAUCAACUUAGUGUUAGGGGUCACCACUAAUAGUGUGCGAAAUUUCAGUAGUGUUCGCCAUCGACCCCGCAUACCAUGUUGACUUGGUCACAAUAUGAAGACGGAGCCCAAAACCGUGGAGAUAUUUUUUCAGUUUGUUAAUAUACAUGCUCGUCACAUUUUGUAUCAUAGAUAGCGGUCACAAACAGUGAACGAUCAUUAAAGAUGUAAAUAAGAAUGCUCAAUGGCCUGGGUAAAGUUUGGUAGGAUAGCACCGUAUCAUAAAUACAUGUUUCGCCAUCAAACUAUUGGGUUGUCCAAAAUUCGUCUCACUGUUAUUCGUAUCUAAGUAUAAGUACAUACAAGUCGUUAACCAUCAUAGAAGUAUACAUUGUGUUUGCCAUAUUGUCGUAUGCACGAUAACACCGGGGAAUAGUGCCAUCGCACAGUCCUUGAAACAAUUUACUCCAACAUAUCGAAACGGAAGCCAGAUAUUCUGGCUUGGUAAAUGUGGCAUCUAAUGACAAGAUUUUUGCACAGGCAUGGUAAUCGUGGGAUAUACAUGUGUUAUCAGCUGGGCUGUAGCACAUACCUCUGGAUUCUAGGACGUGAAUACCGCAACACAGGGAAGGCAAUGUACUUGGCCAGAGUACUCCUCAUCAUUGGCGAUUAUGACUACAAAGAAGAUGAUGACAAUGGUGAUGAUGCCAUCUAUAAGCAUCCAAGUGUCUGAAUGGAUUCUCAUUUUGUUGGUGUCAUACAUUUUAACUGAUGUAAAUCUGUUUGUACAUAGUGUUAUUGUUCUAGGCGGCUUCUGCGCAUGUGCAGAAGGAUGAUCCAUGGAUGUAAAUACAAGAUUGUUGCGUAUGGUGUAAAAUAAAGUUUUAACAGUUA